GAGGAAGUCAAAGAAAGCACCGAACCAGCCAUUAGCGGCGAAGCGGGCAUUACAGAGCUUCGCCUUCCGCGACUUGUGAUAGGUGCACUCUUCACAGGGUGAUUGGGUUAUCGUGUUGUGACGUGCCGUCUUCCAUCGUCGUUCAACUUGCGAGUCAUUGAGUCGACCCUAGGCCCCAGAGGCCGCCUAAUUCAGUCACCUCCUUUGUCUUUUUCCUCUCCUUCGUCGUACUUCUCCUCCUUCCUCAAGUCGUCUUCUUCGCCAUCGCUGCUGAGUUGCCGAGUUGUUUGUCUGACUGGGGAAGUGAUAAGAGUAUUAUAAGAGAUGGCUUCUCCCUCUAGCCUCGGGCGCUUAGCCCUUCUCUUUGGCGUUCUCGCCUUGUUGAGUGCCUCGUACGCGGUGGAGGCCAGCAAUCUCGUGAACGUUCUUAAGCAAGACGGGCGGUUUUCCAUCUUCUACAAUGCGUUGUUAGCGUCCGAAGAGCUGCCCUCGGUGGAAGGUCGCACGGCUGUGAAUGGCACUUCCUUCGUCCUUUUCGCUCCGACGGACGCGGGCUUCGCGGAAGAGUUCCACGCUGACAUUCUGGCAUGUCUUCAGGCGAGCGCACCCGCUAAGGGGAUCGUCSUUCWGCUCCUGCGUUACAUGCAGGUCACCACCCUGAAGACUCCCGUUCAGAAUGGGAUGGAUCUCCUCAAGCAGGCGCAGGACGGCAAGAUCUGGACUGUUCUGGGCCAGCCCAUCGUCGUCGCAGGCGGAGCCAAUAAUAGCGUUACGCUGAAGUCCGUGUCUGGAGUCAGCCAGGCCGUUGCCACCGAAUUCMGASURYUGGACRYGAACGUKACGCUCAUCCCACUUKCCGAAGGCAUCGUUAUCGACGAUAACCUGUCAGAUCAGAUCGUGGCGGCUUGCCUGCCUGCACCUGCAUCGUCCGCUGCACCCAGCUCUCCCUCUGUACCCAAACCUAGCACUACACCGAAAUCUGGCUCCCCUCCGGCCCCUGCUUCUCCGUCUGCUGCUGCUUCCAAGCCUGCUGCCGCCUCCGUUGGUUCCCGUAAGUUGUUGCAGCUGUUCUAAACGCCUCUUUUUAUGGUGAUGGUCGAUGGGACGAUUCCAGGGGCAUCUCGCUCCUCGUCGGUUUGGUUGAAUUCGUCGAGAUGGAGUGCGUCCGAAUCAGCCGCCACGUCUUUAACUUUCUGAAGUUUCGGUUCCUCUCUCACCUAAUUUGACACCGUCUGUCUUUCAAGUGUCGCUUAGUUCUUCAUGGGCUGCACGUAAAGGCUUGCGCUCUUCAACGCGGCGUUAGCACGCAGGCUAUUUCUCGUCAUAGGGUUCGAAAAUUCGCAGUGCGUGGUCACUUGUUACAUGGAGCCAAGUGCAGGUGAUCUCGUGCCGUAGCCGUAGUUGGGCUUUUUGUUUAGUGCAGACUAUGUCAAACGGGCCGGCGCGUGAGGAUCGCACACUCCACAUAUAUGGCUACAGGUGAAUUUGCUGUGAAGUAUAUAGGAGAAUCGGGGUGUUCUCUGUGAACAGGUCAUUAACAUGUGUGUUCAUUCUUAUUCAACUCGUUUAAUAACCGGGCGUGAUUAAAGCCCGAAUUUACCUGAAUGUACGGGAUUAGUGUUUGAUAAUCUGGUUGAUCAAUUCAUCGGCGGUUGGGAACUACGUGCUCUCGUUUUCGUUCUGUAUUUCUCUUCUCUCAUUUCGCUCUUCUUGUUUCUUUCCCUUGAUGUCACUCUCUUUCUUUCUGUCUCUCGACCGACGUUUGUAUGUCCCCUUCUUCUUCAUGCUUUCUCUAUUACGUUAACUAUUUUCCAUGCUUCUGAUCGAUAUCUUUAUCCUAACUGUUGCUAUUUGAAGCCUGUGCGUGACGACUCCUUUGAUUGCUUGAUAUGUCCCCUGUAGAAUGCAUUUCGCUUGUUGGUUUUUGAUUAACCGUCGCAACCAUGAUCCUUCUGUUACAGUGUUUUUGGCGUAUAUUGAUGAGGGUCCAAGUUCGCUUGGCGUAUGUU